CGCAAUCCUUUCGUAAAAAUAAAACGUUUCAGCUGCUCUCCGUGGUCCAGAAAGAUUCUGACAGCGCGGACUGCAUUUUCUAGUGGGCUAAGCAUUUGUUGGUGCAAAAAAAUGUCGGGAAAGGUUGUUCUGUAUUACUUCAAAGGAAGAGGGAAGAUGGAGUCGAUACGGUGGCUUUUAGCUGUUGCUGGUGUUGAGUUCGAGGAGGUUUAUCUGACCACCGAGGAACAGUUCAAGAAAUUGGUGGAUGAUGGAGCCCUCCUGUUUCAUCAGGUUCCCUUGGUUGAAAUGGAUGGAAUGAAGCUUGUUCAGACUAAGGCUAUCUUGAACUACAUUGCUGGAAAAUACAACUUGUAUGGAAAGGAUAUUAAAGAGCGUCUUAUGAUUGAUAUGUACUCUGAGGGUGCUAGGGACAUCAUGGAUAUGAUAAUGGUUCUGCCCUUUACACCUGCUGACCAAAAACAGACACAACUGGAUAAAAUUCAGGGCAAAGUCAAGGAACGUAGUCUUCCAGCUUAUGAAAAGGCUCUUGCUCAGUCCCAGUACCUUGUGGGAUCUCAGCUGAGCUGUGCAGAUGUGCAUCUCCUUGAGGCCACUCUCAUGCUGGAGGAGCUAUUCCCUACAAUACUUUCCACCUUCCCCAAAAUCCAGGAAUUCCAAAAGAGGAUGAAAGCCAUUCCAGCCAUCAAUAAGUUCCUGCAGCCCGGCAGUCAGAGGAAGCCUCCGCCUGAUGAAGUUUAUGUAAAAACUGUCAUGAGUGUAUUAAGCCAUCUUUUCAAGUAGAAAACAGAGAGCAGUUCAGUGACAGAUUAUUCAAGCACUUUGAGGUGCCUUAUACAGAAGCUGGAUUACAUAAGGCCGUUAAUCAUAUAUUCUCUCUUACACACUAGUUUACCCUUUUGGCCACAAGUGAGCAUUGAAAGGUAGUUUCUUGUGUUUUAUAAAUUGUCUAUCCUAGCCAAGUGAUCUGAUUAUGUUACUCAUACAAAUGGUUGUCUUGGGUUUUUUUUUUUACAUAGGAUAUUAAAGCAAUAAAUGAUUCCAAAUUGAA